UAGACAUAUGGGUCCAGAUCCAUGUCAGUGUCUUUAGUCUUUCUGUGUUGGAAGAUCUUUGUUCAUAUUCUCACUCACGUGUUCAUUGCAAGGUGGUCUGGUUCCUGCUUAGUGACAGAUUUAAAAUAGGGGAUGUGUAAGGAGGUGAAAAAUGACCUCCUGUGCGGUUAAAUCUGUUAAAUCUAAGAGGAAUCCAUACGCAGCAGUGCAGGUGGACCCCGACAGUGAUUACAUCACACCAGGUACGCUAGAUCUGGAGCAGCUCUUCUGGACAGGCACCACAGCUCCAUACACCCAUGUCAACCAGGUCUGGCCAAGAAUUUACAUCGGAGAUGAGAAAACAGCUCUGCAGCGUCCUGAGCUUAAGGACCUGGGUGUCACUCAUGUCCUAAAUUCAGCAGAAGGAAAGUGGAACAAUGUGCUGACUGGUGCUAAUUACUACAAAGACCUGAACAUCCAGUAUCUUGGUGUGGAAGCCGAUGACAAACCCACAUUCAACAUCUCCCAGUACUUCCUCCCUGCAACAGAGUUUAUCCACGAGGCCCUCAGCCAACCUCAGAACAAGGUGCUGGUUCACUGUGUGAUGGGCCGAAGCAGGUCAGCCACCUUGGUCUUGGCGUACCUGAUGUUGAAGCACAGCUUAACUGUAGUGGAAGCUAUUGAGCAUGUGCAGCAGAAACGCUGCAUCCUGCCUAAUCACGGCUUCCUGAAACAGCUCAGAGCACUGGACAUCACGCUGCAAGAGGACAAGCUGAGGCAGAAAAGACUCAUGGAAAACCAAGAAGGCAAAAAAACAACAUAAUAUACUACCUCUGUACUUUAUUCUCUCUGUGAUGUAGCCUGAUUUGAACAUAAGUGUAUUUUUUUUAUUAUUGUGGAUUCUUUUUAAUCCACACAGGAUCAAACUGAACCUCUGAAAGGGGCAUUUUGUAGCAUCUUGGAUCACCUUGGCUUCUUAUCUGACCACAUUUCUUAUUAGGAUUAGUUCAGUUCAUAUACAACUGUUGAUUUUCUUGCACGCAUUAAUCAAAAACAUUUUUUAUCAAAGCUGAGGUCGAAGCUGUGGGUGGAUCAUUCCAGGAGCUUAACAUUACCUAAUCUUAUAUGCUUUUGAGUUCAGUUUUGGGUGGGUCUGUGUAUUGGUUCUCUUGUUUUAAGAUGUUCCUGCAUUUUGCAUUUACCUGUCUGCUGCUUUAUCAUUCCAUAGACUUCUGGGAUUGUUUUCAUCCAUUUUUAUGAGUCAUUCUCCCUCUGUUUCUCCCUUGUGGUUAGCAUUCAUCUUCUGCAUCUAAGCUUUCUGUUUCUCCUCAAAAUAGCCAUGUGUUAAUGACCACUUACCGGUUUUCACACCAGGAACCUUUUCCCCAGCAAACACUUACCUAGUGUCCCAAUCUUUGUUAGAUCGUCCUUUUUUCAUCCUGCUGUCUUGCCAGUUGCCUCUUUGGGGGUUUAUGUCUUUAUGAAUCCAGUUGCUGAUGUUAGUUUACUCCUCAGGUUUUUAUUAAAAUUCACCUCAUCAUAA